AUGGCUCUUGACAUAAAAAGCUUCGAAACCAUAAUUUCCUCUCGUUUCCUCUCCUUCACAAUCCCCAGCCCCACACUUGCCACUCACCUCCUCCGAGUCGCAGUCCUCGACUCACCAAUCCAACUCACUGACUCACCUCAAGUCGCAGCUCUCUUUGUCCCGCAAGCCCGUGAACCAGACUGGAUUUUCUCCACCGAGUCAGGUCACCUCCAGCUCCUCUUAUCCUCUCCUGGGAUCUCACGGCUCAUAUUGAUCGGCAACAAUCCAAUCGACGGCUCUGAUUCACCUCCAUUGACUUACCACAAAAGGGACGAUGACCAGUAUGUGAAAAGUCUUGAAAAUAGUUUAAAGCCUUUGUUUUUCGCUUUAUCUCCCAAAGUUUGUGUUAAAGAUGGGAUUUUUAAUGUGCCCAUUUUGGAUUAUGAAGAUAAUUUGAUUUGUAGUGUGGUUUUAGAGAGACGUGUUGGUGUUUUUGUCGGUGAAAUGCUUGUUGAGGAUGUUGAGAUUGAAAGUGAUAGUGAAUUGAGAGAUUUCAGGAGGAGAUUGAGGUUUAAAAGAAUGCCAAAUUUGGUACAGACAGAGAUUCGAAUUGUGCCCGAGAAGGGUUUUGGGUUAGAUUGUGUUAAGAUUGGUGGAGAAGUGAAGUUUACGCCUGAGACUAAGGUUCUGGUGCAUUCAUAUUUGAUUCCGAUGGCGGCUAGUCUUUCUUUGAUUGGUUCUUGUAUUGAGGAUCGGGUUCAAAAUGGAUUAAAGCCUAAAGCUUUGUGUUUAGGUGUUGGUGGUGGAGCUUUACUUGGUUUUCUGAAAACUCAGUUGGGGUUUGAAGUUUUUGGUGUGGAAAUGGAUGAGGAGGUUUUGAGGGUUGCGAGGCAGUAUUUUGGUUUGGAAGAUUGCGAAAUUCAGGUUUGUGUUGGGGAUGCUAUAGAAUAUGUAGAGAAGCUCGGGGGUAAAGAUAGGGUGCCGAAUUUGGUUUCAGGUGAAGUUAAUGUUGAUUGUUAUUUAGAUAAUGCGAAUGGUUUUGAUACUAAGUUUGAUGUCAUUAUGGUCGAUUUAGAUUCUUGUGAUGCUAGAAAUGGUAUCAUUGCUCCGCCAUCGGAAUUUGUCAAGAAGCACAUUCUUUUGGCUGCCCGGUCUAUUCUUAGUGAUUUCGGGAUUUUGGUCAUGAAUGUGAUUUCUGCAACUGGAUUGUUAUAUGAUACAUUGAUACAUGAGUUUCAGGAGAUUUUUCCUGAGUUGUACGAAAUCGAUGUUGGAAAUGGAGAGAAUUUUGUUCUUAUUGCUAAAGUCUCGCCUGUAUUAUCUCCUCUUAGCGAAUGUGAGAAUAGUUUUCUUCGGAACCUGAGGAUAGCGAUUUCAGGAAAAUACUUAGAUUCCAUAAGGAAAAUUUAA